CUUCUUCCUUAUUUUCUGAUGGAGUUCUAAACUGAAAAAAACACAAGCAGACAAUUUUAGUUUUAUUUUUAUCUCAAAGCUUUUGAACAAUAAACAUUAAAUUUGUUAUCAUAUUUUUUAAUUUAUCAAGAAAAUCUACCAACUUUGGUGGGGGCUAUGGGGGAAAUGCCAUUGCGCAAUACCCCCAGCCGGCGCCACCACCAUCGUUUUCUGGACCCAUCACCUUUGCGAGUAACCCUUUUCUCUGUCACUUUUUAAUUUUAAAUUUAUUGGGUUUCUUUCUUUCUCUCUCUAAUUAGAUGAGUUGUAUUAUGUUCUAUUUGUCAUCUCCUUCUUUGUUACGUUUCCAUAUUUCAACACUGUCCUUAUGAAAUAUGCCAUUUUAGAUUGAGACCAAAGCAGCCAACCAGGUUACAGAAUAGACUUAGCUUGCUUUUCAAUCCAACAAAAAACCCACACUCUUUCUCGUCUUUGUUCCUUUUUACCUUGGCCUUUUCCUUUUUUAAUAAUUUUGUUAUACCAUAAAAGGCUUCUCUGUCGCAGUUGGGCUGCGGUUUGGGUUUCGUGUAAUGGGAGGUGAAGGGACCAAAUAUUUUCAAAGGAAUUUGGUGGUACUCAUAAAUUUCACUACAUUCAUUGAAGAAGAAGAGACUGAGUUUUUCUGAGCUGUGUUGUUCUUGUUUUUUGUUGCGGUGCUGAGUUAUGGACACCGGAGGUCGACUCAUUGCUGGUUCUCACAACAGGAAUGAGUUUGUCUUGAUAAAUGCUUAUGAAAAUGCUAGAAUAAAGUCUGUGAAAGAAUUGAGUGGCCAAAGCUGUCAGAUAUGCGGAGAUGAGAUUGAGAUUGAGAUUACAGUGGAUGGAGAGCCCUUCGUUGCCUGCAAUGAAUGUGCUUUCCCUGUCUGCAGAACCUGCUAUGAAUAUGGGAGAAGAGAGGGAAACCAAGCUUGCCCUCAAUGCAAAACCAGAUACAAACGAAUCAAAGGUAGUCCUAGGGUUGAAGGUGAUGAAGAAGAAGAUGACAUAGAUGAUCUGGACAAUGAGUUUGACUAUGGCACUUUGGAUCCUCAACAAGUUACUGAUGCCAUGCUCACUGCACGCCUUAAUGCUGUCCGUGGUUCCCAGCUUAAUAGUUCUCGAAUGGCUGCACACUCAGAACUAUAUUCUUCUCCCCCUAGUUCUCAAAUUCCUCUGUUGACAUAUGUUGAGGAGGGUCUGGAGAUUUCUGCUGAUCAUCAUGCCCUCAUUGUACCCUCGUCUAUGGGUCAUGGAGAUAGAGUUCAUCCAAUGAGUUAUACUGAUCUAUCCAUACCAUUGCAACAUAGACCAAUGGUUCCCAGGAAAGGUAUAGCAGUAUAUGGUUAUGGAAGUGUCUCAUGGAAGGAUCGGAUGGAGGAGUGGAAGAAAAAGCAAAAUGAAAAACUUCAGGUAGUUAAGCAUGAAGGAGGGAAUGAUGGUGGAAACCUUGAUGGAGAGGAGCUGGAUGCUGAUUUGCCAAUGAUGGAUGAAGGCAGACAACCGCUUUCAAGAAAGUUACCCAUUCCUUCAAGCAAAAUAAAUCCAUAUAGAUUGGUUAUCAUAGCUCGUCUUGCAAUUCUUGGCCUCUUUUUUCACUAUAGGCUUCUACACCCAGUCAGAGAUGCUUAUGGCUUGUGGUUGACUUCUGUAAUUUGUGAAAUAUGGUUUGCUGUUUCAUGGAUUCUAGACCAAUUCCCAAAAUGGUACCCUAUAGAGAGCGAAACAUACCUUGAUCGACUAUCUUUGAGGUAUGAGAAAGAAGGGAAACUGUCUGAAUUAGCUAGCAUAGACAUUUUUGUGAGUACAGUGGAUCCAAUGAAGGAACCUCCACUGAUCACUGCAAACACUGUUCUGUCCAUCCUUGCUGUUGAUUAUCCUGUUGAUAAAGUUGCAUGCUAUAUAUCAGAUGAUGGUGCCGCCAUGCUCACAUUUGAGGCUCUCUUUGAGACAUCUGAAUUUGCUAGGAAAUGGGUUCCUUUCUGUAAAAAAUUCAAUAUUGAGCCCCGUGCUCCAGAGUGGUAUUUUACUCAAAAGAUAGACUAUCUAACAGACAAAGUCCAUCCAACUUUUGUUAGGGAAAGGUGAGCGAUGAAGAGAGAGUAUGAAGAAUUUAAAGUUAGGAUAAAUGGAUUGGUUGCCACAGCACAGAAGGUUCCAGAUGAUGGUUGGACAAUGCAGGAUGGAACUCCUUGGCCUGGAAACAGUGUUCGUGACCAUCCUGGAAUGAUUCAGGUUUUCCUAGGCCAUAGUGGUGUUCGUGAUGUGGAGGGUAAUGAGCUACCUUGCCUAGUUUAUGUCUCUCGUGAGAAGAGGCAAGGGUUUGAACAUCAUAAAAAGGCUGGGGCCAUGAAUGCUUUGAUACGAGUCUCUGCAGUUCUCUCGAAUGCUCCUUAUCUUCUGAACGUUCACUGUGAUCACUAUAUUAACAAUAGCAAAGCACUUAGAGAAGCCAUGUGUUUCAUGAUGGAUCCAAUAUCAGGGAAGAAAGUUUGCUAUGUACAGUUUCCUCAAAGAUUUGAUGGAAUUGAUCGUCAUGAUAGAUACUCAAAUCGAAAUGUUGUGUUCUUUGAUAUCAACAUGAAAGGAUUAGAUGGCAUACAAGGACCGAUAUAUGUUGGAACAGGGUGUGUUUUCAGAAGGCAAGCACUUUAUGGUUAUGAUGCGCCAGUUACCAAGAAGCCUCCUGGCAAGACCUGCAAUUGUUUACCGAAAUGGUGCUGCUGUCUCUGCUGUUGUUCUAGAAAGAACAAGAAAACGAAGCAAAACAAGAUGGUGAAGAAACCUAAGCAAAGGGAAGCUUCAAAACAGAUACACGCUCUUGAAAACAUUGAAGAAGGAAUUUCAGACUCCAUCUCUCAGAAGUCAUCUGAGGGAUCACAGAUGAAACUGGAGAAGAAAUUUGGUCAAUCUCCUGUUUUUGUGACUUCCACUCUUCUGGAGAAUGGUGGAGGCCCUCGAAAUGCAAUCCCUCCAUCAUUACUGAGCGAAGCGAUCCAAGUCAUAAGUUGCAGUUAUGAAGAUAAAACAGAAUGGGGGAAGGAAGUUGGCUGGAUAUAUGGCUCUGUGACUGAGGAUAUCCUGACUGGCUUCAAGAUGCAUUGUCAUGGUUGGCGAUCUGUGUACUGUAUGCCUAAACAACCUGCUUUUAAGGGUUCAGCUCCUAUUAAUCUCUCAGAUCGUCUACACCAAGUUCUGCGAUGGGCUCUUGGAUCUGUUGAAAUUUUCUUGAGCAGACAUUGUCCCAUUUGGUAUGGAUAUGGGGGUGGGAUGAAAUGGUUGGAACGAUUUUCCUACAUAAACUCGGUUGUAUAUCAUUGGACCUCUAUUCCCUUGCUUGUUUACUGCACCCUUCCGGCUAUUUGUCUCCUUACUGGGAAAUUUAUUGUUCCUGAGAUUAGCAACUAUGCCGGUGUUGUAUUCAUGGCUCUCUUUGUAUCAAUUGCUGUAACUGGUAUCCUUGAGAUGCAGUGGGGUGGUGUUGGAAUCGAUGACUGGUGGAGAAAUAAGCAGUUCUGGGUGAUUGGAGGUGUUUCAUCACAUCUUUUUGCCCUCUUUCUGGGAUUACUAAAGGUUCUGGCUGGUGUCAGCACAAGCUUCACUGUGACCUCUAAAGCAGCUGAUGAUGGUGAAUUUUCUGAGCUAUACCUCUUCAAGUGGACAUCCUUGCUAAUCCCUCCCACCACCUUGUUGAUCAUAAACAUAGUUGGUGUCGUGGUUGGAGUCUCAGAUGCAAUCAAUAACGGGUAUGACUCCUGGGGCCCCUUGUUUGGGCGACUAUUUUUUGCCCUUUGGGUUAUUAUCCACCUUUUUCCCUUCCUCAAAGGUUUACUCGGAAAACAAGACCGGAUGCCAACCAUUAUUUUGGUGUGGUCAAUCCUGCUGGCCUCUAUUUUGACUCUUAUGUGGGUCCGGAUAAACCCAUUCGUCUCGAAAGAUGGUCCUGUAUUAGAAAUUUGUGAGUUGAAUUGUGAUGACUAGGAAGAUUCAGAUAAUGAAAAAGGAGCAUUGGCUCUUCACUCAUCUCACUUGCAACACCUGUUGCCAAAAGGCUGGUGUUGUGAUGGUUGAGUGCUUUGAGGAUAUGUUUUCAUGAUGAAGAUUUGCUUUAUCAUGAAAGCAAUGCACAAAAUUUUGGUAUUGUAUUAGCCAAAUUAUCGUGUAGGAUGGGGCCGGGUUUUGUAGAUAUUAAGAGGGCUAGAGGCUUGGCUGACCACGUUGUUCUUUGUUUUUUACAUACUUCCUUUUAUUUUAUUAUUGAUUCUUUUAGAAUAUUUUGACUUAAAA